CCUCAAUUCUCCGCCACAUUCCCCUGCAAAUUGAAGAAAAUUUUAGGGUUUAAUGGGUAAUCAAGGCGAAGAAUUACUGAUGGCAGCUUACAAAAGUUCAAACUUUACCGCGGGUUGUUUGGAAAUCUGUUUGUUCUACGUACGCAUAACGUUCUGCGCGGUUGACGUAGUUCCGGAUCACCUUAUACUCCGUCACUUGCGUCGUGAAAUAGGUGUUUUGUUAGAGAUUAAUGGGUGUCGAAUUCUGUCAUCCGACACCAUUUUUAUCACGCUAAGCCGUGACAGGGUUGAUAAGGGAUCAUCAGAGGUGACGUAUGUUAGAACUGACAAUGUUAGAGUUUUUGGGACAGUGGAAUUUGAGGUACACGAAAAGAAAGAGGAGUUGAUACUUUGUGGGUCAUUGGAAAGAGUUGAGGGUACGUGGGAUAAUGGUAAUGGGACUGGGUGGAGUAUGGAUUGUUACAAUGCGGCGUCUUUUGGGAGUGGUGGAUCAGUGUUUUUUCAAUCAAAGAUUGGGGUUUCAUCGCCAUCGAUUGAGGUUUACGUCGCGAGUUGUUGUUCUGGUGUGCCUUUGAUUCUGACCAAAACGAUUCAGGUUAGCCCUAGGAGGAAGUUGUUUAGGCAUAGUAUGUUGGACUCAAUUCCUGAGGAUGAGGGGGUUGGGAAGGACUGUGUGUUUUGGCAUAUCACAGACUCAGAGUUGGAUUAUUAUGAGUCAGAAGGAAAAGCUGGACAUGGCUUUUACUCAGAAGACAUGUACUAUGGUGAAGAUGGUCAACUCUCAUGGUUCAACGCUGGAGUAAGGGUUGGAGUGGGGAUAGGCCUAGUGAUGUUGGAAUUGGGAUGGGGCUACUUAUGCGCUCUUAUCAAGCAACCAUUACAAACCUGCGGAUGA